GUGUCUCGAGCAUUUCCACAACAAUCAAUGCAGCCACUUUUGUCAGGAUGGAGGGGCUUUAGCAGCUGCUGCUAAACGUGCUGCACGAGCAGAGGGUCAGCACCGCCGGCGCCGUGAUCCAGCAUGAGUGAUAUCACAAAGACGACGACGACGAGACGUAAUCAGGCAGUUCUUUUUUCACAAAAUGAGCGAGUCAGAUGAAGCAGCUGCUGCUAAACGCACUGCCCGAGCAGAGGCUCAGCGCCGCCGGCGCCAAGAUCCUGCAGUGCGUGCCGCCGAAGCUGAAGCUAAACGGCGCCGUCGACAAGACCCGGAACCAGAAGUGAGCGCUGCUGAAGCUCAAUCUAAGCGCCGCCGUCGAGAGGACCCUGAAGUGCGCGACGCCGAAGCAGAAGCUCAUCGCCGCCGUCGAGAGCAGCCAGGAGUGAGCGCCGCCGAAGCGGAAGCCAGAAGCCGCUAUCGAGAGGACCCGGAAGUGCGCGACGCCGAAGCAGAAGCUCAUCGCCGCCGUCGAGAGCAGCCAGGAGUGAGCGCCGCCGAAGCGGAAGCCAGAAGCCGCUAUCGAGAGGACCCGGAAGUGCGCGACGCCGAAGCAGAAGCUCAUCGCCGUCGCCGAGAGCACCCAGAAGUAAGCGCUGCUGAAGCUGAAUCUAAGCGCCGCCGUCGAGAGGACCCGGAAGUGCGCGAAGCCGAGGCAGAGGCUCAU